ACUUGGAUCCACUUGAGCCUUAGAGUCCUCGGAAAAGGGAGAUCUCGAGAAAGAGAGCCUGUCGAUCAAAUAAAACAUGCUGAGAAGAAAAUGACCGCUCGGUUAUGCUGCCUGUCCCGUUAUUUUUCCAGUUUGAACGGCGGGAAAAGUUUUGGAGAUAAACGGCUGCAACUUCAGGACCACCGGCUUUCCGAUGUCUGUGUGGAGAUCGGUCCAGUCCACGUGACGUCUGAGCGAUACGAACUUUUGACAGAGGCUGGAGGGUAAUGCACGCGACCAGGGACACGAACCAUGGGAUGGCGAGUGUGGUCAAAAUUCUGCUGUGGCCAUAAAUUGGUCCUCCUCCUUUCCCCUCUCUUCAUUCUCUUCCUCAUGGUCUUAGUAACGACGAUCACUUUGCCCCCACCUUUGCCGCCCACUGACAUUGACCGACGGUCAUCCCGAGCUCUGAGCUCCGCAGGGGAGUUCAGAUCCAGGCCCAGGAUCGUGGAUCCCCCUCCAGCCGCUGUCUUCCAGCAGCCUAACCCUCACAUCCGCAGCAGCACAUGGAAAUUAAAAACUGGAAAAGCUCCAUCUAAAUAUUCACCAGCUUCAGCUCGCAAUGACAAAAACGGCAUCGAAGCCAGAGGUCACGUUGGCAUACACAGAAAUAAACACAGAGGCAAAGAUGUGGGCUUCCAGUCAGUUAGUCAUUACCUUCCUCAUUUCUCAGACUUUACAGUCAACAACCAUGAGCCAAAGCUUAGAAUUAAGCUGGGCAAACACAGCACUCUGGUUCAGCACACUGCACAGGCGUACAUUAAUCUAGGAAGCAGUAAAUCCACAGCACCACAUAGCCCUUAUCCAGCAGACGCCAUAAUAAGUGGAAGCAGAGCUGCAAACCCACUGGAAGACAGACGGCAGGAAAGACACAUAAACAGGAAUUCAGACAGACAAAUACAUGGCAACCGCAGAAGUCACCAGGCUUUGGAAAGACACAGACAGGUAGCAAAGCACUCUGGGAAAUCAGACAGUGUUUUUUUGCUGGAUCCCACAAAAGAUCCCACUCGAUCAAAGAAGAAUCCUGGGUCACUGAACCCUAAAAAGGCUUCGUCCCAACCUGAGGUAACUGUUAAAAAGGAUCAUGGCGACUGGUGUCAGAGCUUUACAGAGCAGAGGUUCCCAGAGAGUGACCACAGGAGGAUCAGGGUUGGCAGAAAUCUGCAGCUUCUUCCCUGGCUCAGUGGAGACGACAUUCAGAAGAUGGAGCUUCUCGCUGGGGGUGAGGUCAUCAGCAAGGCCAGGGUGCCUUCACAUGGACAGGUGCUCCAGGUGGCACUGCAUCCUCCAGGACAAAACCAGAACCCACCACUGAUGAGAGAUCCACAGCAGCAUGGAGCUGCGCAUGAACAUCCAGCCACCCACAUCGAGCGCUGCCGUCAGGGGUUCUGCUCCCUGAUUAAACGCACUGAUGACUGGUUUGAAGUGUUCGCCUUCCACCUGGACCGAGUUCUGGGACUCAACAGAAGUCUCCCUGCAGUUCUGAGAACUUUCCACAGUGAUGUUCUGCCCUACCGGUACAUCAGCGGUACCCCAAGACCAGCAGUGUGGUGGGAUCCUGAUAUUCAGCAUCUUACCGAUGAGGACAAUGAUCAGAACUCAGUACCACUCAGCUGGGUCCAGUACCAGAAGCUGUUACAGGCCAGGUGUGGGAACAAAACAGACCUGAGAUCAGAGCCAUGUGUGGGAGUCCCACAUUCAGAUUGGGAAGGACUGGCUCUUUAUGAUUUCUUAUUACAAGUAAACGACCGUCUGGACAGGUACUGCUGUGGAUUUAUACCCAGUCCGGCAGAACUCUGUGUGGAGAACCUGCUGCAUGCCAAGUGUGGCAACAUCAAGGACCUGCUGCUGGUUCACAUCCUGGUGAGGGCAGCAGAUCCUUCCAGACUGGUAUUUAUAGACAAUGCAGGGAGGCCACAGCAGUCCAUUGACAACCUUAACUUCAGGCUGGUUGAGGGCAUUGAUGCGUUUCCAGAGAAAGCUGUUUCAGUGCUCCGCUCAGGCUGCCUGGAAAGUCUUCUUCUACACUCCCUUUAUACAGACAAGGAAUUCUGGGAUAGCCGUGGUGGAGCCAGCGGCCUCAGGCCCCUCAUCCGUACAGUCGAGGAGAGAGGACAAAUACUACUUCAGUACGUCAAGGAGAAAAAGCUGCAGCUCAAGCGGGACCUGUGACUCCAGCUGUUCAGGACAAACUGGACUAAAAUCGAAACAGUUUGAUAAGAUGAUGUUUCGUCACUGUGAUGAUUAGAUUUUUUUAAUAUAGUUGUCUGUGAAAACAGCUCAUAAUGUAUAAAUGUACAGAGGUGCAAUGUGAACAAAUUUCUGCCAGUAACUGCAGCCUCUCCCAGAGUAAAUAUAUUCUAACAUUAUGUAUCUUAUGUUACAAUCUGUGAAAACAAAUGACCAAAUUGAGGAAAUGAGUUCUGAAUUUUGCAUGCAGAUAAACAAAGAUAAGUCACCAUUUCUUAUGUUGUACCCUCAAAAACUUUUUCCCCCCAUCAUGUAACAAAUUGUGACAGCACAAACACAGAAUUAUAGAUAUUGAUAUUGCUGCAAAUGGACUCAGACACAGAAAAAAAUGUAACAUCAGAUGAACCCUUUGUUGUUCAACUCAGGUGUCCAUUUCUCUCAGUCAACCAUCUUCAAGUAUCAGUCCAGCCGUGUUAGAUUAGAUUAUUUGAUUAUUAUUAUAAAGGUCCACAUACUUCUUUAUACGGCAUCACAGUUCACAAUGCAAAUCAGAGCAAAACCUGAGCCAUGAGGUUGAAAAAACAGCCUAGAAAGUUUAGAACCAGGAUUUUGGAAGAACCAGGAUUAUCUGGUUUUACAAAACCAAAUCUGAAUUGUUUGGCCUAAUUUUGAAGGAAAUGUGUGGAGGAAACCAUCCUCAUUACCAUUACCAUCAUUAUUACCAGCAUCAUUCAUUACCAUCCCAACAGUGAAACAUGGUAGUGGCAGCAUCAUGGUGUGGGAGUGUUUUUUUAGCUGCAGAGACUGGGUGGCUGGUUGUAAUUUGAAAGAAAGAUGAAUGCAGCCAAGUACUAAUUUAUCCUGGAUGAAAACCUAGUUCAGUGUUUUUAGGAUCUCAGGCUGGGUCAGUGGUUCACUGUCCAACAUGACAAUGACCCUUAGCCAGGGAUGUUCACAAGUCCUUUUUUACAAGUCCAAGUCAAGGCUCAAGUUUGUGUUUCAAGUUCAAGUAAAGAUGCAAGUCAAGUUUUAGUUGUAAUGAGUAAUUUUCCAUGUGACACCUGCUGUCUAGUCUGCUUAGAAGAUGCAUAAUAAUAUCCAAGGCAUGUAAAAUACAUACUCUCCCUUUACCAGCAUUUUUGAACAGCACUGAAGCUUAAACUGACAAAUGCUCUGGCCCUCUCCUCUGGACAAUUUCUUUGCUUUACUGAAUUCGGGAAUCCUUUAGAUCAGGGGUAAUCAAACUUUUCCUGGGGGCCACAUUAUGGUUCCGGAUGAUGAUGGGGGGCCAGUCCCACCUCAGCUGUAACGUAAAAUUGUAUGACCCAGACCAGAAUGACCACCAGCAGGCCAAUGGGAUCAUUAUUAUUUUAAAAUGCUGGAA